UGAUUUAUUAUCCGAAUCGAAGAACAGCCCAAUCAUCGUUGCCAAACAGCCUCGUCUAAGUAUUUUUGCUUCUUCUUUUUCUCCCCGCACUUUACUUCCCGGCGGUAACUCAGAACACCGAUGGACGGGCCGGAGACAAUCGCCGUCAAAUACGAACCUAUGACCGUUGACUCUAUCGCAUCUUCUUCCGACGUCGCCAUAGACAGGCCUGCUCGACCUCCAAAGCUUGUAGUCUUAGCUGACCUCAAUUUCAACCCUCCUGAGACUGAGACUGACGAUCUUGACUCAUCGGUUCAAAUCCCUACUCCUCCCAUCCCUAGUUUCGCUAACGAGGAAAGUCAUCAAGAAGGAGGUUCAUUAACAUGCAAGGAGGUGGAACCAGGUGAACUAGAAUUCAAAAAGACCAGCAAGGUUGGGAAAUGCCGCUCGAGAAGUAAGAUGGAGGCUUCCUCUGAUUGUGGAGUUGAUGCAGAUGGUGAUCAGGCUACUCAAGGCGUCCCUGCUUCCCGUGAAGAGAAAAUCAGUAACCUCAAAAUGGGUUUGAUUCACGUUGCAAGGAAGAUGCCCAAAAAUGCACAUGCCCAUUUUAUUCUUGGUCUAAUGUUCCAACGAUUGGGUCAAUCUCAAAAGGCGAUACCAGAAUAUGAGAAGGCUGAAGAGAUCUUACUGGGCUGUGAGCCAGAGAUUGCUCGGCCAGAACUUCUCUUGUUAGUUCAAAUGCACCAUGGACAGUGUCUUCUUUUGGAUGGUUUUGCGGAUAACGACUCUGUUAAAGAGAUUGAGGGAGAAGAGCUUGAAGAAAUUCUUUCAAAAUUAAAGGAUUCUAUGAAGUUAGAUGUUAGACAGGCAGCAGUGUGGAACACCCUUGGCGUAAUGCUUCUCAAAGCUGGUUGUUUGAUGAGUGCCAUAUCGGUUUUGUCAUCUUUGUUGGCUCUUGUUCCUGACAAUUAUGAUUGCCUUACAAACCUUGGAGUUGCUUAUCUUCAAAGCGGAGAUUUGGAGCUUUCAGCAAAAUGUUUCCAAGAUUUGGUACUGAAAGACCACAAUCAUCCUGCCGCUUUGAUUAAUUAUGCUGCCGAGCUUCUCUGCAAAUACAGUUCAACUGUCGCUGGUGCCGGAGCUAAUGGUGGUCCUGGUGCUUCUGAAGACCAGAAGGCAUCUAUGAAUGUCGCGAAGGAAUGUCUCUUGGCUGCAGUAGGAGCAGAUCCAAAGUCCACCCAUGCAUGGGUCAAUCUUGCUAAUUCAUAUUAUAUGAUGGGUGAUCACAGAAGUUCUAGCAAAUGUUUGGAGAAGGCAGCUAAACUUGAUCCCAACUGUAUGGCUACAAGAUUUGCUGUUGCUGUCCAACGAAUCAAAGAUGCUGAAAGGUCUCAGGAUGCAAGCGACCAGCUUUCAUGGGCUGGCAACGAGAUGGCUUCAGUGAUUAGAGAAGGAGAAUCUGUUCCAAUUGACCCUCCCAUUGCUUGGGCAGGGCUUGCCAUGGCUCACAAGGCACAUCAUGAAAUUGCAUCUGCAUUUGUCACUGACCGUAAUGAAUUGACAGAGAUGGAAGAGCGGGCAGUGUACAGCUUAAAGCAGGCAGUAACAGAGGACCCUGAAGAUGCUGUACGGUGGCAUCAGCUUGGUCUUCAUAGUCUCUGUUCUCAACAAUAUAAACUCUCCCAAAAAUAUCUCAAGGCAGCAGUUGGUCGUUCUAGAGAAAGUAGCUAUGCGUGGUCAAAUCUCGGUAUCUCGCUGCAGUUAUCAGAUGAACAAACAGAAGCCGAGGAAGUAUACAAGCGAGCCUUGGCCGUGUCAACCGAGGAUCAAGCUCACGCAACGUUCUCUAACCUCGGGAACCUCUAUAGACAGAAAAAGCAGUACGAACUCUCCAAAGCAAUGUUCUCGAAGGCGCUGGAUCUGAAACCGGGUUAUGCACCUGCAUACAACAACCUUGGACUCGUGUUUGUGGCUGAACGUAGGUGGGAAGAAGCUAAAUUCUGUUUCGAGAAAGCCCUUGAAGCUGACUCAUUGCUUGACGCAGCACAGUCUAACUUGGUCAAAGCCACAACCAUGUCAAGACUCUGUACUUGCUUCUCUUCUUCAACUGUUGUCCGAGAUUCUUGAUGGUUCUGUCAUUUUCAUUUUGUGAAUUCACAAACUCUGACGUUAUGUGUCUUUAAUAAAUAGUACAAGUACAAAAGACUCUUAUACGACGACAGGCUUAGAAUCUACAGUAAAAACAUUUUCACUCUCUAAUUUACUAGUCUUCCCCAACACACAGUGUCUUGACAAUCUUAUCAGCCAUAAGAUAAAGAAAGAAAUGGCCCGACCCAGUCACUUCAUAGUACCGAACCCACGGAAGUUUUGAGACGAUAAACCGUUGAAGCGACACUGGCACAAACAGAUCCUCGUCACCAUGCCAAAGGUGGACCGAGCCGUUGCUGUUCUUAAAUAGAUCUUGAAGGUCUAAUGGAUCAAACUCCCAAUGACCAUAUGUAAUCAUCAAGUCUCGGUGUAGGCUCUCGUAUUCUCCUUGUUGCCUAGCGAAUGCCUGCCCCAAAAGAUCAUCGGAUCGGAGCUUAGAGAAGAUCUCCUUGUCCUGACGAGAGAGGAUGUUGGGGUCACAGGUAAUGUAGCUAGCGAUUGGGAACCAUUUCUGGGUGUUCCAAAAGAAAGUAAGCCAAGGUGCAUAAUGUGCCACUCGAAACAUCCACUGUUCUGGAGGAAGCAUAAGAGAUAAAGCUUCCUUAGACAUUUUUGCAGGCAAGUUUCUCCACCAGUAGUUAAACGCAGGAGCUACAAGCGCCGCUCCUGCUAACCUGUGAGGGAUGUAGUGAAGACAAGACCAGGUGAUUUGGCCUCCUAUGGAGAAGCCAAGCACAUAGAACUUGGAUCCUAGUUCUAAUUUAUCAGCAAGUUCUUCUACAUCCAGUGCUAUGCUUCUUGGUGUCCGGUUUGGGUCAGGAUCACUCUCUCCAUAACCGGGUCGGUCAAAUGAUACGAUACAUAUCUUAAGUUCCUUUAAAAGUGGCGGUGAUAAGGAGUGGAAGAAAAAGACUUCGUCUUUAGAAGAAUCGAAGCCGUGAAUAUAAACGAUCUUGAAAUUGGCUUCGUCUCUGGGAACUCCUAAUUCUUUGUAUGCCAAAUGCCUUCCGUCUCUCAAUUUGAUCCUCGGUGCUGUCACGGCGGCGAUCUUCUUCGCCGGCGGAGGUUGAAUCGACUGGUAAACCCAUGCCAAGAUUCCGACCAACAAAACCAGUUUCACAACACCUGCCCCAGACCAAAACAUGGUAUGAGUUCCUCUUCCUCCUCCGGGCACACGCUCUCUCUCUGUCUCCAUAUCUCUGCUGUCUCUUUAUGGUUUUCGUAAAAAAAAAAAAUUAUAGAUGUAGAGUAGAUAUAAUUGUAUUUAAUUCAGUUGUAACUAGCUGUCUCUUCAAGGUUUCCUUUGAGCAUGCAAAAACACAUGAUCAUAUUUAAUAAAUGAAUGAGUUAAAUUGCUUCAGCCACCCGCAC